AUGCCAUUUUGGAAGAAAAAGAAGAAAGAUAUUCCAAAUACUUUAGGCGAGACAACAGCUUAUUUACCAACAUUUGGACCUGAAGUAAACGCAAAUGACACGAUAAUAAGUAAGUGUUUGUUGGAAGUCUUUGGUGAAGAGAAUUUCAACCAGCAACAACUAAAGAAACUUUACAACUGUGUAGAAACUAUUGAUGUUUCUGCUGGAGACAUGAUUUUAAACUUUGGCGAAAGUGGAAAAGGUAUCUUUAUAAUAUUACAUGGUCAAGUAGAAAUCCUAGAUAAAGUUGAUGAUGAAUUAAUAAUAAUCAAUGAGAAAUGUCAAGGUGAUUAUUUUGGUGAAGUCAGCACUCUUUUUGACAUUAUAAUUACAGCUUCGGUUAGAUCCGCUUCUCGAUGUAAGUUAAUAUUUCUAAGUAAAAAUGUAUGUGGACAACUAUUUCAAAAAACUGCCAAGACGUUGGUUGACUGGUUUGUACAGAAAAGAUAUCUACCUACUAGAAUACCUGGACUGGAAGAUGGCCGAGUCAUACGGAGACAUGUCUUUCAAGUUUUAUCAAAGUUGCCUUUGCUGUGGUUUUGGGAUGAAGAAUCGGUUAAAAAGAUUAUAUUAUCAAAGAAAUCUGAUCUCAUUACAGUAUAUCCACCUUCAUCUAUCAUUAUAUUACAUGGUGAUCCUGUUAAUCAUUUACUGGUAGUAUUAACUGGAAGUGUAAUAUUGAAACCUAAAGAUACAGGUCAAAGUUUUUGUAUACAAUCAACCCCUUUUGUUGUAGGUGAAACAGAUUAUUUUAGAAGAACUAACAGUAGUAUAUCAGUCCAUGCUAAAACCUAUUGUCAGAUAUUGGUGAUAAACCGGACGACACUCGAAGAUUCCUUAUAUUGGGUCCUUCAUUCAAAGGUUUCGAACUCAACAGCGUUUAAAUCUGUCAGUCCAAUAUUUACCUAUAGAAUCACCUUGAAAUCUCAGUUUAUUGUUUUAUCAGCCAGACAGCAAGUUGAAAUUAGUUCAGAGUUUGGUCUAAUUCAAGUUAUACAUGGUGAAAUGGUAAUGAUAUAUGAUAAGAGAGGGGGGCGAAAAUUGAUUCUAAAGGAAGGGGAACUAGUGUGGUGUAAAGAUAUAAAAAAUAUGAAGAAUCCAGACCAUGGUGAGGUUCUGAUUAUCCAGUAUAAUAAACAGUGUUUACAGUCUGCUGUUCAAUAUUGUACAGAGACAGACAGCCGGAUCAGUUGGAUUAAAGAUAUUAUAGAUAAAUAUUCUCAGCAUAAACUUGAUGAUGUUUAAACUGUUAUAGGCAGAACUUGUAUUUAUUUAAAUUAUAAUUUUAAAGAUUCUUAAAUUAUGCUAUUUACUUCUAUGUAUCAGAUCACUCAGAAUUUAGUUUAAAAUGCAUAAUUAAAAACGGAGUAUACUAA